UCUCAAACAACGGUAACAGAACCAUAAAUCUGAGUUGCUACUGCCCCCCACUCCGAUGCCUGACUCCCACUCCGACGCCGGCGACCACUCCUUCCCUUCACUCCGACACCGACAGCUCGUUCCCUCCCUUCACUCGCGAAUCUCUCUGUCUCUCCUUUCCUUCACUUCAACUAUGUCAACUUCAAGUGUCAGUGGCAGUAGCUCAGGUUGGUUGACAUACGUGAACAGAAUUUGUCGUACAUGUAACAAAAAGGCCACCAUCAAAAUAUCACAAACCGAGCAAAACAAGAACAAGUUAUUCUACUAUUGUAAUGUUUGUGGUUUUAUCAGAUGGUGUUUACCUAUGAAUCCAGAAUAUGGAGGUCAUCAAAUUCAAACAGACGAAGUCCCAACUGUUGGCGAACAAGUUAUGACUGAACGACUUCAAGCUAUGACCGAACAACAAAUACAGCUGACGGAACAACUUCGAAUUCAGAACACAAAGAUGCAAAAGUUGAUAUAUAUAUGUUGUCCGUGUUGUUUGUAA